AUGCCGCCCACAGUCGUCCUCAUCCGGCACGCCCAGGCCCUGCACAACCAAACCAAUACCUCCAUCCCCGAUCCCGUCCUCUCAGACGUCGGCAUCGAGCAAUGCGCGCAGCUCCGGCAGAGCCUCGUCCAGCGCUUCUCCUCCUUCAAGGGCAGCGUCGCCAUCAUCUCGAGCCCCAUGAUUCGCACGCUUCAGACGGCGAGCUUGGCGGCUGGCUGGCUUGUCGAGGAGCGAGGGAUCAAGAUUGAGGCUGAUGCCGACUGGCAAGAAAUCUCAGACAAGCCCUGCGACGUCGGCACCCCCAUCCCCAGCCUCGUCCUCAUCCCGGACAACCACACCGCCCACCAAUUCGCCUCCCCGAGCUACGACUUCUCCGCCAUCCACCCCCUCUGGCCCGACAAGACGGCGUCCCCCCUCGCCAGGCACCUCUUUGGGUACACGCGCUCUGCCGUCCUGCGCCGCGGCCGGCGGUGCCUCGAGAAGCUGCGCGAGCGGCCCGAGGACCUGGUGCUUGUCUUUACGCACUCUGCGUUUCUGCGCAACGGCGUGAAUGGGUGGUGGUACUUUAACGCGGAUUACCGGGUCUUUACGUUUGGAGAAAAGGGGGAGCUGGUGAUGGAUGAGGAGACGUUGCAAGGGGGCAUGGGAUGGUCGUGGGCGGAGAGGAUUGAGCUCGGGAGCGAGUUGCCUCCGGAUGAUGAUGAUGAUGAUGAUGAUGAUGAUAAGAAGGAGGAGGAGAGUGAGGCGAGGAUGGGGGAGAGGAAUUGA